GAGCUUAUUUAUUUAUGGAAUGGGUUUAAAGUGCUCAGCCACAGACCUGAUCUUGUUGAACCUUUGAUGAAUCUGGUGGAGAAUUCGCUACAUAAACUGCACAAAGAAAAAGGUGAGGACUAUUUCAAUGUCGUGUCAGUUCAUCGCAAGGAACACCAAUUCUGACUUUUUACCUCCUUGCUUCAUGAUAAAUCGAAUAUUAGAAAAUGUUAGGCAAUAUUAGACAUUUAUCACGAUCAUAUGACGGUACUCUGACCUACAGAAACUUUUUAAAAACAUAGGGCGAGAGUUAAAGAUUGAAAUAAGUUGUUUGUUUUAUAGAUGACUAUGGAAGUUACCUGGAUGACUGGUGUUUGGGUAAAUUGCUCCAGGCAAUGUGUUGUCGAUGUUUAAACAGGAAACGAGAAGCCAUGGAGUAUCUGAAGGGUGCUCUCAGUCGGUUAGACUUCUUUUUGUUUUUGUGAUUUCUUUUCUCUGCAUUUUUUUGUGUGUGCAUAAAAAGCAUUUUACCAUUCUGUUUCUUGUUGUAGAUCCAAAGAUUUGAGCAACGAUUCUUACCUGGCUCCCUACACAUGUGCAGAGAUUGGAUUUCUUUAUCUUGAAGAGGGAGAUCUGGAACUAGCCAGAGAACACUUGGAGCGCGCAAGGUUAGGUUUCAGUAUUACUGGGUUACUAUUGGGUUGUUUAGCGGCCCCACAGGACUGUUUUGGAUGACGUAAUCGCUUCUUCUGUCCUGUGCCGCUAAACAACCCAAUAGUAACCCAGGACUGUUUUGGAUGACUUUAUUGCUUCUUCUGUUGGCCAUUUCUUGGCCUCACAGGAAAUUGGGUCAAAGUUCCUUACCGGAACUAUAGUUGAGAAUCCCGAUUUCUUGAUACAUCACUGAAAUGCAUUGACCCUGAAGACCUGGGAAGACGCCGUGCGGGGACUACUGUUCCUUGCGCACGAACGUCUGGGAAGGAAUGCGCGCGGAAGCCCUGAGAACAAGCGUGGGAGGCAGUCUAAUAGGGAACCUGAUAACUGAUAACUCAGUGCCUUUAACUGAAUCCUUGUAUGUUCUGUCUAGGAAACAUCAGGAUCACUUGUUACAAAGCCUUCUUCAUCUACGAAUCCACGCCGCUUUACAGAAAAUAGAAAAUUACUCCAUUCAAAAUGAACUGUUUGGGGUAGGUGGAGAAUUUGCACGGCCUAACCAAGCACUCGUGAUAAAGGAAGACCUGGAAGAAUCAGGAAAUGAAUCUGAGUUUUUCGAUGCUGAAGAAGACUGGGACGAUUGUAGGCCUCGACAAGACUCCAACUCAUCAUUUGAUAUCAUAUCAGAUGAUGAACUUGAUACUAUUAUAUCGUAA